GAACCAUGGUGAGUGGUGUUAGACUUACUGAAGUGAAGCUGAGGCUUGCUGUGAUACUGGAGCAGCACUGAGAGCAGAGGGAUGCACAACUGAACCUGAGAGCUCCCGACUCAAUGCUGAGAGAGAAGCUUUAGAGGGCUGCGACAAGAAGAAAUGAGAUUUCAGUGUUAUGGAAAUUAGUGAAUUCUUCUCAACAGCAUAGAACAGAAACAACUUUCAACCCCUUCUAACAUUGCGGAGGGGCUAAACGUGAGCGCCAGGAGAGGCAUUGUGGUCCCCUUUCAGGUUCUCUUUGGGGACUGGUGACAAACUAAUGGAAACUAUCAUCUGAGAGUCUGCAACCCUCCCUUAAUGUAGGACGAGAUGCCGGUGAUGAAGGGCCUCCUUGCUCCCCAAAACACCUUCUUGGACACCAUUGCAAACCACUUUGAUGGCACUCACAGUAACUUCCUUCUGGGAAACGCUCAGGGUCGUUAUGGCUACCCCAUCGUGUACUGCUCUGACGGGUUUUGUGAGUUGACCGGCUUCGUUCGGAAUGAGGUGAUGCAGAAAACAUGCACCUGCAGCUUCCUCCAUGGAGCCGAGACGAAUGAGACUGUAAUCCAGGAGGUGGACAAAGCUCUGGAGGGCCAGCAGGAAUACCAAGGGGAGGUCUGCUUCUAUAGGAAAAAUGGAAAUGUAUUUUGGUGCCUCCUGGAUAUUGUGCCAAUUAAAAACGAGAAAGGUGAGGUGGUGCUGUUCCUCUUAUCCUUCAAAGACCUCAGUGAAUCACACGGGAAAAGCCGUCCCUACAGCCAAGGAGAAGGUGAGGUUGCUCACCAGAGCAGGAAACACAAUCGAUCGCACUUUUCCCAAGCUCAAGCGAGGGGAAGGACUGUUCUGCUACAAAUAACUAAUCUAUUCACCAAGAGAGGCAAGAAGAACCUGACCGAUAGUGUGUUUCAGAAGCCGUCUCUACCUGAGUACAAGGUCGCAGCUGUGAAGAAGUCACGUUUCAUCCUGCUGCACUACAGCAUCUCCAAGGCCCUGUGGGACUGGCUGAUUCUCCUGGCGACCUUUUAUGUGGCUGUCGCUGUGCCUUAUGACAUCUGCUUUGUCAGUCAUGAUGAGGGCAGUGACCAUCACUCACUUGUCAGUCGCAGCACUAUAGGCACUGACAUAGCAGUGGAGGUUCUCUUCAUACUCGAUAUUAUCCUGAAUUUUCGCACCACCUAUGUGAGUCAGUCAGGUCAGGUGGUGUACGACGCCCGAUCCAUCUACCUCCAUUACUGCACCACUUGGUUCUUCGUGGAUCUGAUCGCAGCUUUGCCCUUUGACCUCCUCUAUGCUUUCAACAUCACAGUGACCUCAUUGGUGCAUUUGUUGAAGACGGUUCGCCUGCUCCGCCUGCUGCGCCUGUUGCAGAAAUUGGAUCGCUACUCUCAGUACAGUGCUGUGGUCCUGACCCUGCUCAUGUCUGUGUUUGCUCUGCUGGCUCACUGGAUGGCUUGUGUCUGGUACGUCAUUGGACGCAAGGAGGUAGAAAGCAGUGAUCCUGUUACCUGGGACAUAGGUUGGCUUCAGGAGUUGGGAAAGCGUCUAGAGACACCGUACAUCAACAGCACCGUGGGUGGGCCCUCCAUGCCGAGUGCAUAUAUUGCCUCUCUCUACUUCACCCUUAGCAGCCUUACUAGUGUUGGCUUUGGCAAUGUGUGUGCCAAUACAGAUGCGGAGAAAAUCUUCUCCAUCUGCAUUAUGCUCAUGGGUGCCCUGAUGCAUGCAGUGGUCUUCGGCAACGUGACGGCCAUUAUCCAACGCAUGUACUCACGGCGCUCUCUCUACCACACCCGGAUGAAGGAUCUCAAAGACUUCAUCCGUGUGCAUCGGUUGCCUCAGCAGCUGAAGCAGAGGAUGCUGGAGUACUUUCAGGCCACCUGGUCAGUCAACAAUGGCAUCAACGCCAACGAGCUGCUGCAUGACUUCCCAGAUGAACUGCGAGCUGACAUUGCCAUGCACCUGAACAAAGACAUCUUGCAGCUGCCUGUAUUUGAGCGAGCCAGCAGAGGUUGUCUGCGCUCCCUCUCCCUGCACAUCAAGACCUCCUUCUGUGCGCCAGGGGAGUACCUCAUACGCCAUGGAGAUGCUCUACAGGCCAACUAUUUUGUCUGCUCAGGUUCCCUGGAGGUUUUGAAAGAUGGCAUGGUCCAGGCCAUCCUGGGCAAAGGUGACCUCAUUGGGGCUGACCUCCCAGAACAUGACCAGGUGAUCAAGACCAAUGCAGACGUGAAGGCGCUGACCUACUGUGACUUGCAGUACAUCAGUGUUCGGGCUUUGAGGGAAGUCCUUGAGCUGUACCCAGAGUAUGGCAGCCGGUUCAGCUCCGACAUCCACCACAACCUCACCUACAACUUGAGGGAGGGCUGUGAAGCUGAGGUAAGACAUUUGUUAUUCCAUUUGGGAAGUGGGAAAUUCAAAAGCAAAAUUGACUCUGAUUGUACACUGAUAAUUUCUAAUGUUUCAUCCAUUGUCUCAUUGUCUUCUCAGGGUCAUAGUUCUAUGGACCAUAAACUACCCUACAUCAUUGAGCAUGAUGUGGAUCACGGAGAAGACACAAGGCACUUUCAGCAGAGGAGAUCACCUUUGUUGCAUGGGAUAGGCAGCCCCAUUCGUCAGUCUCGCCUCAGCACACUGUUAGGAGAGGAGCUCCGCCACAUCAAUGCACUCCACCUCUGUCGAUCACCUGUUCAGGAUGGUAGAGGCCGCAGCCCGUCUCCUCAGCCAUUCCCCAAGGAGGAGCUCUCCUCGUCUCCUUUGCCCGGUCUUACCAGUGACCCGGGCUUGAGCCAUCGGCCUGCCAAGCUACUCAUGCCAUCCUUGCCCUGUGUCAGUCCACUGAACCUCAGCCCGAGGGUUGUGGAUGGAAUUGAGGACAACGGUCAUGCAUUUCAAUUCAAUGUAGAGCAGAGCGAGGCAGGGACUAAUGUAACAGACCGGUUCCACAUGAGUUCUAACCUGCUUCUGGAGACAGAGGAAGUGAGACAGAACAUCAGCAAACUGAACAAAGAGGUAAACAACUUGAACCAAGAAGUAUCCAGCCUUGCCAAGAGGCUCCACGACUUAAUGCAUUUCCUCCCAUCUCAUAUGGCCACGCUCCAUUAUGCUCCACCAGUCUCCUCGUAUUCUUAUGGUAUGCCAAUGGCUCCCAGUCCUAGUGUGACUGCUUCCAGCAACUGGCAGCCCCAUGUCCCUUUAAAUAUUGCCACCGGGCUGCAUCUCCAUCAUGAAACAAUCAGCCACCCUGCCAGAAAUGCGUGGGGCUGCAGUGGGAUACCCUCCCAGGGCAGAAGUCCCACCUUAUUGCACUAUUCAAGCCCUGUGUCAUCCUGUUUACACCUGUGCUGCCCUGACAGAGAGGGGGGCACAGCCCACAAGUUACAAAGCCAACAUGGCACGUUCCAAACCUCCAGAACAAGUCCAAACUCUCCGUACAUGAACCACCCUCAUGCCCAGGGAGGUCCGUCCCUCCUGGCUCUCAGUUCUGCCUUUAGUAGCUUCCCAGUGUUUUGUCAGGCUCCACAGGUGCCCUACAAUGCGUCAAUUUCCACAAUGAGCAACUCACACUCUUUAUGUUCCCCAGUAAAUUCUGGCUACUCCCAUCCAUCUCUGAGUGUUCAAACCAACUCUGAUCACAUGCAUAACCAGUCCAACUCCCAAACACCCAUACAUUCCUCUAUCACCCCCACUGGCCAGCCACAGUAUCACACUACCUUCAGCUCCCUCACCCCUUCAUUUGCCCAUGUUUCAGUAUGUAUAGCACACAACCAGAGCCAACAGAGCUCCAUCAAUGGCUCCAGGCAAAAUGACCCAGUAGGAUCCAGUCCUAUUCACCACACACAGGACCUUGCAUGUUCUGUGCUGGGACAGGUAACAGACAGAGACUGUGGAGCUCUGCUGUAUCAGGAGAGGGCAGUCAGUACUGAAUUUCAGGGCAUGAGCAGCAGUACUCCAACUGCAGAAAUUCAACCAUCUGUCUUGGACAUCGAGGGAAUACAAACCCCAAACUGAUGACUUCGGUGUGUUGUUGGGUUGCUGUAUGAUAGGGUUGACUUCAUUGUACCUUUAAAGACUUUUACUGUAAAGUUUCCAUAAAGAAAAUGUGUUCUCUGCUCGAAUGCACAAACAAACACUGAAACUCUACUGCCACAGCUGAAUAAAAGACCAGUGCAUUAAUAUCCA